GUCUAGGGGAAUUUACCUAUGGGAUUUACGGUAAUGAGCUUGCCGAUUUUUUUUCUUCGUCUUUCUCCCGCAGUAUUGAGAUACUCCGCCGGAACUGCCCAUCCCAUCCUACCCCAUCCCGCCCUAUCACCUCCCCUGGACAUCGCCGCACCGAUCCAGCCUCGACAGAGAGGACCAGCAGCACCAGCUAGCCGGCGGAGCGCAAGACAGCUUCGCACACAGGUAUUCCCAGGGAGUCACCCCCGUAUGAAGUCGCCCGUUUCCCCGUCUUGUUUUUCCUCUUCGCUCGACAGAGAGAGCCCAUAGCCUUCGGCCUCGGAUACCUCCCUGGUCUGCCACUCUCGAUACCCGCCUCGGUCCGCGCUCUCGUCUGUGUUCGGACCCAGGAAGCAGAAACCAUCGUGUCUCUGCUGCCUCCAUCGCGGCCCCCCGACCUGCGCCAAUUCCUAUCCCACCCCCCCCCCCCUCCAGGUUCCGAGACAAAUCGGACCCGCCGAUCAAUUGAUCAUGUUACUCUCCGUGCUCCGGAGCACCUCGGGUGCUCUCCGCUCCUCCUCGCCCAGACUCCUUAGAACAUCCCGAUGGCCGACGUCAACGUCUGUUUCGGUCCUAUGCGUCGCGAAGAGAUCCCAAUCGUCUACCGUCUUGGACAUCCAGCAGCGGUUGCUCUCGAGCCACCUACAAGAGGCCGAUCCGACCGUAUUCGAUAUCAUCGAGAAGGAGAAAAACCGGCAAAAACACUUCAUCAACCUCAUCCCCUCCGAGAACUUCACCUCGCAAGCCGUCCUCGAUGCGCUCGGCAGCCCCAUGCAAAACAAAUACUCGGAGGGUUACCCCGGGGCGAGGUAUUACGCUGGUAACGAGUUCAUCGACCAGUCCGAGAGGCUGUGCCAGCAGAGGGCCCUCGAUGCUUUCGGCUUAGAUAAGAAGGAAUGGGGUGUGAAUGUUCAGCCACUCUCCGGCGCGCCGGCGAAUCUAUACGUCUACUCGGCCGUCAUGGAAACCCAUGACAGACUCAUGGGACUAGACCUUCCUCACGGAGGCCACCUCUCUCACGGCUACCAGAUUCCCGGCAAGAAGAUCUCUGCCGUUUCCAAGUACUUCGAGACCGUCCCCUACCGGCUCAAUGAAGAGACGGGCUUGAUCGAUUACGAAAAGCUCGACGAGUUCGCCCAGAUCUACCGGCCCAAGGUCAUCGUGGCCGGAGCCAGCGCCUACAGCCGGUUUAUCGACUACAAGGCGAUAAAGGAGACGUGCAACAAGGUGAACGCCUACUUGCUAGCCGAUAUCGCGCACAUCUCCGGAAUGGUGGCGGCCAAGGUCAUUCCUAGCCCCUUUAGCUUCGCCGACAUCGUGACCACUACGAGUCACAAGAGCCUGCGCGGUCCCCGAGGUGCCUUGAUCUUCUACCGACGAGGAGUGUGGAGAGUCAACCCUAAGACGAAGGAGGAGAUUCCGUACAACCUAGAGAAUCCCAUCAACAGCUCGGUCUUCCCCGGCCACCAGGGCGGCCCUCACAACCAUACCAUCGCCGCGCUAGCCGUGGCGCUCGGGCAGGCCCAAACGCCCGAAUUCCGCGCAUACCAGGAGCAGGUCCUCUCGAACGCGCAGGCCCUAGCGAAGCGCCUGGGCGACGCUAAGUCCAGCGGGGGUCUCGGGUACAAGCUCGUGAGCGGAGGGACGGACAACCAUCUCGUCCUCGUCGACCUCAAGCCCCAGGAGAUCGACGGCGCCCGAGUCGAGAGGCUCCUCGAGCUGGUCGGCGUGGCUAGCAACAAGAACACGGUGCCUGGAGACAAGUCGGCGAUGGUGCCGGGCGGCCUGCGCAUCGGUACGCCGGCGAUGACGACGCGCGGCUUCUCGCAAGGCGACUUCGUCCGGGUGGCCGAUAUCAUCGAUCGCGCCGUCACGAUCGCAGUCCGGGUCGAUAAGGCGGCACGCAAAACGGCCGAGAAUCAGGACAAGAAGUAUAACCUCAAGUUUUUCUUCGAAACGCUCGGCGACGGCGAGCAGGACCCGGAAAUCAUACGGCUGCGAGCAGAGGUUGCAGACUGGGUGAGGACGUACCCGCUUCCGUGGGAGGCGAGGACGUGAUACGGUGGGGGCCACGUUAUCUAAACCGUAGCCGCGAAUGGGCUGCGUGUCUCCCCCCUCUCCCGAGCCCCAUCGUGUAGAUUCAAGCAAGGUUCCGUCACAGGUCCGAAAGGGCUGCCCCCACUCCUCGGGAGGCUUGGUUAGAGAAGGAUGCGCCGUCGUAUCAUUCUCAGUCAGGGAUCUGUUUCUCGUCGUAGCGGAAUGACGUGGGCGGCUAGGUACGGGCACGGGUCAUGUCAGCAAGGUAGCAUUGGGAGUUUUUU